GCUGACCAAUGGGAACGCCAGCUGCCGUACCAUGUGAUCUUUAUUUAUGUAAGGUAAUUCUGCUGGACAUUAUCAGCUGUAGACUGUGUGCUUUGCGCAGAGUAGGGAAUUCGCGCAGAACUACUUGGCUUCCUAUUGAAAUACUUGAUCUGAACAUCAUUUAUUUCGUUUUGAAGAGUUGAUGGAGUGCUGUUCGGUGUGUCGGGCGAGGUCAGUAGCUUUGGGACUGUAUGGAAAAGCCCAUAUUCAGCAUGCGUGUAGAUGGAAGAAUUUACUUUGCGAACACAGAACAAGUUGUGAUUGACAAAUGACAUAACACUAACGUAGCUAUAAUAGCACCGGUGAUAUAAAACCGAGCGUAGCGUGUUAACCAGAAAAGCUUUACAGACAACGGUGGCGCAAACAUUGGGGAGAGUGACUGCUGAAGACAUAGAGCCUACCGGACCUUUCCUGGAAUUAUCUGAGCAUGUGGGUUCAGUAACCUGGAUUUGGUGGUCGCAAAUUUGUCGCACUGUGUUGCCUUGCAACCUUGAUUACUUAACUUGUAAACGAUGCCAUGCUUGCGGUGAUAGUGAAAGCUCGCCGGAAUAAUUAAUGCAAGGGAAAAGGACGCUGACCUCAUUCAACUUGUACUCGGACGUUUGGCUCUACUAUAAAGUUCAAAAUGGACCUGAUGGAAUGUCCCAUUUGCCUGUUCCUCAUGUGCGAGCCUGUGACAAUGGGUUGCGGUCACUCGUUUUGCCGGCGAUGCUUGGGGAGCUACCUGCCGUCCAGAUGCCCCGCUUGCAAAGAGAAAUUCAGACAAAGAGAUGCCAAACACAACAAGAACAACGUGCUUCUCAUCAGCGUCAUCGAGAAGUGCUGCCCAGAAGAGACUAAAAUGAAGUGCCACAUUCAAGAGAAGCUGAAAGCGAGUGAAUUCACUGAAGCCUUGCGGAUGGCGGAUGAGGGAAUAGAACUAGCCCCGGAUGACGUAAGCCUGAAGGUGUGGCAUGCGGAGGCCAACCUGGGACUGCGGCGCUUCUCUGACGCCCUCCGUGACCUCGAUGAACUCUGUGGCGCUCGACCCAGUUGGACCGAGGGCUUCUUUCGUAAAGGGAAUGCUCUGCUGGAGAUGGGCCGUCAGACAGAAGCGCUGCUCCAGUUCCACCACUGCCUGAGGCAGCAGGCCGACUUCGCCCCUGCCAAGGCCAGCAUCAAGAAGAUCUUGGAGGCCGAGGGCAUGUCGGUCCCCGACGAGGUGCCGGAGAUCCUGCAGUUGGUGUCUGACUUCCUGCAGCAGCCGUGCCCCAUCACCAGCUCCGUGGAUUCCCAGCAGGGGGACCGCAAGAGGCGCGCAUCCGAGGACGGGGACAGGGGACGCGGGGACCUCACACGGGCUGCGGCCAGUGCUAAGCUGGACUCCAGUACUGAGUGCUGCCUCAGCCUGUGUCAGGCCGUGUCCUUCCUCCCCACGGCAGAGGAUGACGAGGAACCCAUGAUGACGAAGGAGGAGAGGCACAGCAGAGGUGGAGAUUGUGCACAUCCCAGGAAAAGGUGCAAGACAAAGGAUGACUGUAGUUUCGGAGAGAGAGCCUCCUGUAGUGUGGACAGACAGUCGUCUCUAGGAGUCCUCACCGUCUCCGACUUCGAGUGUCCUCUGUGCAUCAGGCUGUUCUACGAGCCGGUGACGACACCCUGUGGACACACCUUCUGCAAGAACUGCAUCGAGAGAAGCCUGGACCACAACCUGAGAUGCCCUCUCUGCAAACAGCCGCUGCAAGAGUACCUGAAGAACAGGAAGUACAACCCCACGGUGCUGCUGCAGGACAUCAUGUCCCGCCUCUUCCCCUCCCAGCUGGCCGAGCGCAAGCAGGUGCACGACACUGAGAUGGCCGAGCUCUCCAACUUGACCACCAGUGUGCCCAUCUUCGUGUGCACGGUGGCAUACCCGGGCAUCCCGUGCCCGCUGCACGUCUUCGAGCCGCGCUACCGCCUCAUGAUGCGGCGCUGCAUGGAGACGGGCACCAAGAAGUUUGGCAUGUGCUGCUACGAGCCUGGCAAAGGGUUUGCGGACUACGGCACCAUGCUGGAGAUCCUGGAGAUGGACAUGCUGCCUGACGGCCGCUCCUUCGUGGACACCAUCGGGGGCGGCCGCUUCCACGUGCUGCGCAGGGGCCAGAGGGACGGCUACCACACCGCAGACGUGGAGUACCUGGAGGAUGGAAAGGUGGAGGGUGCUGAGCUGGAGGUUCUUCAGCGUCUCCACGACGGCGUGUAUCAGCAGGCUUCAGACUGGUACCAGCAGCUUGGCAGCCACAUCCAGGAGCAGAUCAGCCGCCGCUUCGGAGCCAUGCCCCAGAAAGACGAAAACAUCCAGGCCUCUGUGAACGGGCCGAUGUGGUGCUGGUGGCUGCUCUCUGUUCUGCAGCUGGACCCCACCUACCAGACCACCGUGCUCUCCCUCACCUCCCUCAAGGACCGCCUCGGACACCUGCGCCUCAUGCUGGAAUACUUCUCCCACAGCUAGACACACACACAUAUGCCCUCACACACAC